GGAUGUUCAGUAGAGUGAAGACCUCUGAGGAACUUAAAAGCUUACUUGAAAUUCCUCAGUGCUACGGUCUGAAAAUGCAUCGAUAUCGCCUUCUGUUUUGCUCCUUGCUCAUCUUGGGGACAAGCUAUGCUGCAGCUGACACCACCUCUAUAACCCCUCUUCCUUCCUCUCCAUCCCAAUUCCCGACCGCAGCUUCCAUCACCUCACAAUCAUCCGCUAAAUCCACAUCAGAUCCCAAGUCUCUCCUUGCUCCUGGGCCUGACACGACGUCUCCGCCUGAUCCUUCCCUACCUCAGGAGAACCAGACCCAACCUGUGUUCUCCCCUAAGCAGACCCCAAAGGCCUGGCUGUCUCAGGAGAAGACAGGCCACGCUUCCUUCAAGCUUCCUGUUGAGAUUGAGAGACCCAAUUCUGGGGCGAGCGGAGUGGAAAUCGUGCUGAUGGAACCAAAACGCCGCGGGUCAAUGAGGGAACCCCAAGAAACAGCCAACCACGCCAUGGGGCUCUUCCUGGGGGGCUGUGGUCUGUUGCUGUGUCUUUUUAUUGGCAUCUAUUGCAUCUACAGCCGUGGGGCCAAGAAGGAGCCCUUUUCUCACCAUCGGCUGUAUGAAGAUGGAUUUGAUGAUCCCGCUCUCUUCCUGGACAACCCAAAGGAUUACGACUGGUUCUUCUACGAGACCGACGGUUACGUCUACCCCACGCCCUCCCAAAGCCCUCCCAAACCAAUUCAGACCCUUUCCGUCCCAGCUCUGAAACAGCCGGCUCCUGUUCCGGAAGUGUCACCAGGGAAGCUGGAAACUUCGGAGGCUGCACCAGAUGCGAAUUCAUCCCCAGCAAAGCUCGAAUGUCUGUCCCCUGCCAAUUUACACGCUGGGAAUUUCAUCUGAGGCUCCUAUCAUCUGAGGCUCCUAUCGUCUUCAGAAGUCUGGGGCUGUGUGCAAAUCCCUUUUCCCCACCCCAGUUUCCAGAGCAGUGCAUUUCAAGCGGUCUCAAUGAAACUCC